CCACGCGUGCGCAUGCUCCAUGCGUCCAGGAGGGCGCCGGUGCCGGCGACUUCCCACGUGUGGUGUGAACCCAGAGCGCAUCAUGUUGUGAGGAGAUGGGGGCUGCUGUGUCUCGCGCAAUCAGGAAUUUCAACCUAGAGAACCGGGCGGAACGGGAAAUCAGCAAAAUGAAGCCCUCUCCCGCUCCCAGGCACCCCUCCACUAAGAGCCUGCUGCGAGAGCAGUUGAGCCACCAUCCAGAAAUUAAGGGAGAAGUUGCUAGAAAAGAUGACAAACUGCUGUCCUUCCUAAGAGAUGUGUAUGUUGAUUCCAAAGAUCCUGUGUCUUCUGUGAAGGUAACAGAUGCCGGAAAACGUCAAGAGCCAAAGGAGUUCAGAUUGGUAAAAGGCCAAGACUUUAACAUGAUGAGUAUUAAGAACAUUCCCAAAGGCAAAAUUUCCAUUGUAGAGGCAUUGACACUUCUCAAUAAUCAUAAACUUUAUCCAGAAACGUGGACUGCUGAGAAAAUAGCAGAAGAAUACUGUCUAGAACAGAAAGAUGUAAAAUCCCUUCUCAAAUAUUUUGUUACUUUUGAAGUCAAAAUCAUCCCUCCUGAAGACAAGAAAGCAAUACCAUCAAAAUGAAGAAAAUGUUGAAAUUACUUUUCCUAUAUGUAUUCCCCAAACCCAUGCCCUGUUUAGUUUCUCAUUUAGUUUCAAAUUACUGAAUGUUUAAAGCUCCCUCCUUGGGAGAGCAUACUAUUUAUUGAGCUCUGCUGAAUUUUCAGGAUUGCUGGUAGAAUGAAUUUUGUUUUCUUGUAAAGUUUAAUUCGGUUUAGGCAUAUGUUUGUGUGUAAUAUCAGCAGGACUAAUCACAUGUAUACAUUUAUUAUAAAUAAAAAAGUUAAUGUGUAAUUUUAGCACAUCAUAUCAUCAGCUUUUAAAUUGAUCAUAUGAUCUCUUGGGAAAUGUCCUGUAUCUCCCUCAUUUAACAUUCAAAGUUUUGCCAUCCAAUUUAGGUGAUUAAUUUAUUCUUCCUAUGGAAUUGUGAAAGUAAGAGUUUUCCUACCUUUUGUGACUAUAUUGUUAGGGUAAGGGAGACUUGACAGUGAGGUAGGAUAACAGUAUUUCCCAAAUGAAAGCAGACAGGAAAGUGGACACAAAAUCAAUAGAAAAUACAUUUUUAUUAUUAUAGGGAAUAACAGUGAGGACUUCUCUUGUUUUGAAUUGGUUUUAUGUAUGGAAUAACUUCUUAAAAUUAUAAAAAGGAAUUGAUAUUUAUGAAAUUUUAGCAGUCUCUGUUUUGACAAACGGGUAAAUCCAGAAGCUUUCAGAGAAGCAGGCAGUCGUGAGAGCUGUCUGGAAAAGUAACUUCUCUGGAUUUAAUAGAGAAAUAACAAGAAAAUUGUGAAGAAUGGUUAAAUCAAAGAACCAUGGUAAAUGAAAUUUGGUGAUGAAUUAUAUGUAUGUUUUCUCAUUUAAAUGCUGGUUGAAGGAAGAGAGAAAAAAUUGCAAGAAGCGUGAAAUGUGAUUAUUGGAAGGGACCUGGGAAAUUGCUGCUUCGUCAAUUGAACUAAC